UGUGAACUGUUAACCGGUUAUAGACCCUUUAUAUAGGUCACAUGGGGAGCUGGUGUGGUGGAGGUGGUGCGUCCCGUCACUUCCUUCCUGGAGGAGGAGGGCGCUCUCAGCUCCACUCACAGCUUGUGUUUUGGGAGGUUGUGUUCAAGAGGACAGCUGCAGACCUUCCACGCACAGUCAUCCUUUCACGUUACCUCCACCACGCACUGUGAGCACUACACAAUAGUCAGACCCACGCAGCAACAUGGACUACACUAUCCGUGCAGCCAACGUGGAGGACUGCAAGGACAUCGCGCGGAUGAUCAUGGAGUUGGCUGAAUAUGAGAAAGUAUCAGAGCAUGUGAAAAUCACACAGAGAGACUUAGAGCAGGAUGGCUUCUCCAAGAACCCGUUCUUCCAUGGGAUCAUCGCUGAGGUGCCGGAUCAGCACAAAACCAAAGAUGGUCAUACGAAGAUCGGAUAUGCACUUUACUUCUACGCCUACAGCUCAUGGACGGGCAGAGCCGUUUACAUGGAGGACUUGUAUGUGAUGCCUGACUUCAGAGGGAAGGGCAUUGGCAAAGCACUUAUGAGCAAGGUAGCUCAGCUGGGCAUGGCUGCCGGCUGCAACCAGAUCAACUUCACCGUCCUGGACUGGAACAAACCAUCUGUGGACUUUUACCUCAGCCAGGGCAGCUAUAACGUCACAACUACGCAGGGCUACCACCUUAUGCGCUGCGAAGGAGAGGCGUUGGAGCGCCUGGCCCAACCCUAACCAAACUCCGGGUUUAUAACGGCAUGACCUUUGAAACCAUUAGGUCACAGUGCAGGGAUAGAGCACCACUCAGUGGCCCCGUUCCAAAACUUGAUGAUGACAAUCGUUGAGCCGAUCUCUCUCAAAGCAGAUGAUCAAAAUAAUUGACUGUUUGUUAAACCCAGCCCCCGAAGUUACCGUAACUACACCUGCCAAGUUUUCCAUGCUAGGACGGUACAUAUGCGGUUUACAAUCAUUCCAACACUGUCUCAUGUACUUCACAUACAGGUUCACAAAAGCAGGUUUCUCAUUUAAAGCUGAUGUCUGUCAACAACUGGUAGAUUUUAUUAGCGGUACUUAGCUAACGUUAGCUAAUGAGCUGACACCAGCUCACUGAACUGGAUGAAAACUCCAUCUACAGCUGUAGUUAGCUAGCGUUAGCUAAUUAGCCAACUUUUUAAGCUUCAAGCUGAAACCAAGAACCCUUUAAAAAGUACACAUGAUGGCAACAUAUGUGAUUUAUUGCUAAAAGACUGAGGCUACAGGUCGCAGGCAAAAAGUCUACUAGAUCUGCUGGAAACUUUCAGGACAGAACUGCUAACGUUAGCCUAAACUAACUAAGGCCCUGAUCACACAGAAAGAGUUUUGCAAGCUAGCAACCACCCCAUCACCUCCUUACACUCCUGUGUAUUAAAUCCACCAUUUUUCCCCCAAGUAAUUAGUAUCUAGUUCCUGAAACGUUGAGGCAGAGGGUACUUGCUGUAGCUCUGGUUGAGGAUGAGAGUCU